CUGCGUGCAUGCAACUACUCUUGUUGGCCAACGCAGCAUAGUCCAGGCUUGCAUGCAUGCAGUCUUGCAGCAGAACUUCCCGAAGAAGUGUUGCGUCGGAAACGCUUGCGUAGCACACGCAGGAUUUUUGUAUGUGUCGGCCUGUUGGGCGACUUUCCUUGCAACUGCAAGUGCAAGCUCUGCGAAUUCAAUACUGCGAUGCACCAAUGCUGCUGUUUUGAACGUGAAGAAGCUGCAUUUUGUCCGGUGACGAAGCAAAGAAAGUUCUUUAUCGUAUUGACACGUCGUGUGCCCACGAAACUCAGAUAUUCGACAUUGGCAUGAGGAAAGUGUUGUGAGAACUGUUUGGAAUGCCUGAUUCUGGCAAGCUUUGAAGCUUCUCUUGAGUCGUAGCUAUGGCCCAGUCCACGAGGAAGAUGUUACGGGUGGGAUGCUGGAUGAGCGAUAAGAAGAUCCGAAAACUCAACUUCACGACGUACUGCGAGAAGCUUAGGAGGGAUCAUGGCAUAGAAAUGAUUCUUCUUUCCCUGGACAAGCCGCUUGAUGAGCAAGGCCCGUUUGAUUUAGUUAUGCACAAGCUUACAGACGUGAUGGCUGCAGCUGAUGCAGGCGACAAGCGAUCAGAGGCUGCCGUCGAACGUGCCGAGGCGUACUUCCACUCGCAGCCUGAUCUCCGUCUGCUGGAUCCACUAUCAUCUGUUCGCAAUCUGACUGACAGGGACACAUGUUACUCACUAAUGAAAGCAUGCACUAAAACAGUAGGAGGUGUGGAAAUUGCGUCUCCCAAUUUUGCCACAAUUCAUAGUGACACCAUCGACAAGGCAGAAGCAUUGCGUGCCUGCAAUGUUUCCUUUCCGAUCGUAUGUAAGCCAAUCGUAGCUCAUGGAUCAGAUCUUGCCCACAAGAUGUCGAUUAUCUUCAAUGAAGAACAUCUAUGCGAUAUGCAGACGCCCUGCGUAGCACAGCAAUUUGUCAAUCAUAGUGCUGUAUUGCAUAAGGUCUUUGUAAUUGGCGAGUCUCAUUAUAUUGUUCAGCGUCCAUCGAUUAAAAAUCUAAUUGCUGGAGAUCAUGACACAAUAUUCUUCGACAGUCAUGAUGUGUCCAAAGCAACAUCUGAUUCCUAUCUCAACCAGAUGGAGCGAGGAAGCAGUGGUCUACCUAAGCCCAGUGAGCAAGCAAUUGAAUGGCUCGUGAAGCGGCUUAGAAAAACUAUGUCAUUAAGUCUCUUCGGAGUGGACAUCAUCAUUGAGAACGACACUCUUCGCCACAUUUUCAUUGAUGUCAACUACUUCCCAGGGUAUGAUGGUGUCACGGACAUGUUCCCAGCAUUCACACGUUUGUUGACAUCACAUGCCAGCCUGUGUCGUUCGCCUUCGUCCGAUUCGGGUGUAUCAUCGGGAUCAGUGGACAACCACACGGCUGCUAUGUCAACUGCCUGUAGUCACAGUUCACGGGAUUGCCCUGCUGCACCGGCCAGCCUCGAGACGCUAGCGAAAGGCUUUGCAGCGAACAACGGCGUGGCGAAUGGUCAUGACGACUCCGAUGAGCUGUCCCCGUGCUGCGCAACUGCUGUUCUUAAUGCUAACAGCAGUGCGCCAUCGUCCGGUGUCUCCUGUAACUCGUCGCCCGUAGCAGGUAGUUCCAGUAACAAAGCAGCAGCAUCGUCAUCGUCGUCUUGUUCCGUCAUGACUGGUGCUACUGCUGUGCAACCCAUUCACUCGGAGCUGCUCCCAUCGCUAGUCAACGGUGCUCACCAAGCGGAUGACGUCGUCAAACCAAAAAGCAAGCGGCAAUGCGAGUACGACUCGUCUAUCAUUGACGGCGGCAGUACCUUGCCCAAUGGCCACCUUAGUACACUACAUGUUCUCAGCUAGGGUCUGUUUUGUUUCUCUUUUCCCAAAACUAAAAUACUAUUUCAGUAUGGUUGUGCAGGUCACCAAACUUGUUAACACAUUUAUUUCCAUGACCAUAUGGCCGACGCUCUAGUCUUGUCUGUCUUGGCUAAGCUAGCCCUGGGAUGAUGAAGAAAGUAUUCUAAUGCUGCACUGCUGGUUCUGUCAGUGUGCUAUUGUAUCUGCUAUCGGCCACGCAGACAUGCUGCUGCUGCCCAUUCCUAGGUUUCCACUCUGUCUACGUCGCAGUCAAUCAUUUAUGCCAUGUGCCACUUUUUGCUUUCUUCGCUUAACGCCACACUUCCACUGCAAAUGCAACUGCGUGAUAUCACCAGAGUCGUUGGUCUCAUGCCCCCUUUCUUCCCUGUUUCCUUUUUUGAAUGGACUUAUCGGCUAGGCGAUAAACCGAUUAGGUGCAUCAGCGCAGAGUAGUUUUUGCCGACUUCGUUUAGCUUGUCUGUUGCUUCUGCUCUAGCUGCUGUUGUUUGUUCUUGUGUGUUCUUGUUUAGUUGCCCCUUGUUGUCAAUGCCACGACUCCAAUCUCACGUUGGCUUCAACCUGUCAUCCUUUCCGCGUCCUCCCCCGCAGACUGUGCCAUUUCAUGUGGACCGUUUCUUGGCACUUUUGCGGGCGGCUAUGCCAGUGUUGGUUUUGGCCCGUAGGCUACUCCGUGUACUCGGCUCGCAAGUCUUUAAUAUAUUAUUUAGUCCACCAGCACAGGUUGUUUUGAAAGUCAACCUUCUCACAAUUCUUCCAUCUUUACUGUUUUGCCGCCCCCCUCCCCCUUUUUACUAUCUCAAUUAUUCUUUCCCCGACAGUUGUACUUUGAAGUAACAUUCAUUUGCCAGGUCCCAUCACGUUAUGCUGUUCCUUGCAUGUUUUCAUGUUUGGCUUUUAUUUUCCCCUCAAAAAAUGAAGACUUCUUUAUGAAAAUGGUUCAUCUGGUAUCGACA